AUGGCUCCUGAGGCGCCUGAUCCUCAAAGCUUGAAGUCAUGGCACGAUGCAUUCCAAUACCCAAUUCCAACGGUCCGCCGUGUGGAACAGGAGUUGCGCCGGGACAUCGCGAGCAAUAAGGAGAAGCUCCGAGCUCUCGUAGGCACGCGAUAUCGUGACCUAGUUGGAACUGCUGAGACGAUUGUCGCCAUGAACAGAGACAUUCAAGAUGUGGAGUCCAUUCUGGCCGAUGUUGGACGCCGGUGCAACCCACGACUUAUAGAAAGGAGACAUGUUCAUGUCCGGCAAAUAAAGUCCGGUGACGCCGAGAAAGAUGCAGAGAAGCACUCAUUUGGAGCGCAGCUUUCUCUCCUUCACCGUUGUACAACCUCUGCCAGCCGGCUUUUGCGACGACGCAGCUCGCUUUUGUUGGUUGCGAAGAUUCUAGUUGUUUCUCGAUCAUUACACAAGGCAUUAUCGCAACAUGAAUCACUCCCUCCAUUCAUUCAUGAUCUCCGGAAUCAGCUAGCCUCCCUCUGGCGAAUACUCUUCAAACGGAUUGAUAAACGCCUUGCCUCUACAAACGCCACAGACGAUACUAUCAUUGAAUCAUUGGCCGCCUACUGCCUUGCAACGAGCUCGUCUUCCGAUGAUGCGAUUGAUCAUUUUCACCAAGUGCGCCUGGACGUUAUUGUCAGCCAGUUGGAUGUGUCUAGUGAGAACAUUCCUAAAGCCCUCCAGCUGUUUGUUCAGACCCUUCAGGCCUCAAAGGUCUUGCGAUCCCGUCAAUUCCCAGAUGUGCUUUCGAAGCUUAAGGCUCGGCCUCUCCUCGCCGACCCAGAGAUUCAGAGUCUAGAUGGGCUGGAGGUUGAAGUUCUUGGCCGCUGGGUAGCUCCAGAUGUGAAGAAUUUCACUCCCUGGGUCAAGCUCAGCGAACUAAGCAGAGUCGAGGGUGUGGAAUCAACCAAGGAAUGGUCCCUCCAAGCUUUCACGAAAUUCUCUGAAGGCUGCCAAAAGAGCCUCGCCCAAAGCACCGACUUCUCCGAGCUUCUCUCGCUCCGUGCGGAGACUGUGGAAUUAUGGCUAUCAUCCUGGGGCUCAACCAUCAUUCACAGCUCCGUGGAUGUCCUCGGGAGUCUUCGAAAUAUCUUCAAUAACCAGCUUUCCAGAAUCCUGAAUAUGAAAGCGCAAAGUCUAGGCGACGUCGGUACUCAAGUUUCGUCUAUAAUAUCAAACUGGGAGAAGACCGACCACAACUCCGUCGGAUCUCUGUGGGAUGCCGAUCUCAUUACUGCAGAAUACUCGAACGGUGCACAGGCAUUCAAACAAACCGUUGCCGACAGAUUAUUGGGUCGUGACGAAGAUAUCUCUACCGUCCUUACGAAGUAUGAAUCAUGGCUAGCGUCAAUCCAAGAAGUCAACGAAUUCAUUGAUUCUCUACGCCGCACCCGGUGGACUGACAUUCUCCUCGGAGGUGAAGUGGAAGAUGGAGAUAUCGACAUCACACCUCGACUCAACGAAGAUGAUCCCCGAUACCUAUCCGAAUCUCUCCACUCUGCCGUCCGCGACGCAUUCACCAGUCUCCAGGCAUCAUUUAACAGCGCCUUCAAGUCAUUCGACUCCUUGCAUUCAAGCGAAAAGGCCACUUUCCUACUAAGGCUAAUAAGACUCGUCCGGCGAGAUAUUCCCGCAGGCUUUGUAUCUGGAGACUUUGUCUUCUCUAGCGAAAUCGUCCCUGAUCUGCAGAAGUUGCUUGCAACAGAAGUAGUGGCAAAGGCUGGAUCCCUAUCCUUGAUCCCGUUACCGAAGACGAACCCCCAGACUGGAAAGAUUAAGACCGUCCCCGGUAGAUCACUCUGGGAAGGCGAGCCUGCCAUACCGGUUCAGCCCUCGGCUUCAAGCUUCAAGCUCCUGCGUCGUCUCACUUCCUCAAUGGAUAUCUGCGGAUUGGACCUAUGGGAUCCGUCCACUAUGCAGGCGUUGAAGCUGGAAUUGAAAAUGAGACUUGAGGCGGCUAUCUCGUCUGCUUUAGAUGAUCUCGAUAGCGAAGAUGUCCCUAGAAAAGCUAAGGUCAAGGAUGGCCACUCCACUGCCAACGGAGAUAAGGACAAGGAAGAUAAGACCACGGAGAAAUCAGAGACCCCAGGCCCAGGUCCAGAUCAAGCCGAGGCCCUGCGCGAUUGGAAGGUUCAGCUCUUCUUUGACUCUCUGUAUCUGUCUCAGAUGCUCGGCGAGCGGAACCAGCUGUCCGGUGCCAUCGAGCGCGCUCAGAAGAGCUCUGGUGCCAACGCGGAGACUGUUAAGACUAUCAAGAGGCUUGCAACUGAGUAUUGGACUCGGACAGAGCUGCUGUUUGGUCUCCUGGCAGGACACUGA